AUCUCGCCGGGCACGUCGUGUUCGGUGGUGGUGGUGGCGCACAACGCGGUGGGCUCGAGUGCCAACUCGACCGAGGCCACCUUCAUCACGCUGGUGGUGACCGACCCGUCGCCGGCCGCCUCGCCAUCGCCCUCGCCCGCGGCCCCGUCGCCCAGCGCCACCCCGUCGUCCACCCCGCCGCCCGGCGUCUCGGCCACCCCCUCGAGCGCUCCGUCGCAGUCGCCGUCGCCCUCGGCCUCGCCCGCCAGCAACGGCCUCCCCGCCUGCAACAGCGCCUCGUGCCUGCCGGCGUCGUUCGACUUCCACCAGCAGACCGGCUGCUUCGCCGGCAUUCUCGACCAGGGCCAGUGCGGCAGCUGCUAUUCGUUCUGCGUGGCGAGCGCGAACGCCGACCGUGUGUGCUACGCGCAGGGCGCGCGCCCGGUGCUCUCGCCGCAGGAGAUUCUCGACUGCGGGAAGGGCUUCGUGUGGUUCGGCGCGACGGGCUGCAACGGCGGCGACCCCUACCGCGCGGCCCAGGUGGUCCGCGACAACGGCCUCCCGUCGGCCUCCUCCACCGCCCUCUCGGCCGGCUGCCGCCGCUACCGCUGCUACAACGGCAACUGCGACGCCACACCCACCUGCAACUCGGGUUGCGAUGAUGGGUCCAGCGCGCAAAAGUACAGGGCGUCGAGCGCGUACCGGGUGACGGGAGUGGACAACACGCGGCUGGAGAUCUACAACAACGGACCGGUGACGGCCAUCUUCGACGUGUGCCAGAGCUUCUACGACUUCUACAGCGACCGCAACAACGCCGGCAAGGUCUGGCCGGGCACCUGCUCGUCAUCGGCGUCGGACUACGUCGGCGGCCACGCCAUCGCCGUCGUCGGUUGGGGUACGGACGUCAAUGGUGUCGACUACUGGCUCAUCGAGAACUCGUGGAGCACGCAGUGGGGCGACAAGGGCUACUAUCGUAUGAAGCGGGGCGUGAACCAGGCGGGCAUCGAGGGCUACGUGUCGGCUGCCGGGUUCACCCGCACCAACAAGCGCUUCGGUGGCUACGCGCUCGAGCUGUGGCACUUCAACGCCCACAAGGAUGACUACGCCGGCAAGUCGCUGGCGCUGCCCACCAACGACAACAACAACGCGACUACGAAGCGGCAAUCGGCGGCGGCGGCGCAGCCGGUGGGCUCGCUGACGACCCACUCGGGCUUCGCGGUGUCGAGCGUCAACCAGGCCACGCUGCAGGUCACGUCGGGCCAGAGCGUGUUCGUCGACUUUGUGGCGACCAACGGCGCCGAGACGGUCAACCUCGUCGCCACGGUCAGCUACGGCGCUGCCGGGGGUGCCGCCUCUGCCGCGGGUGUCAGCGUCGCGUCGGCUGGUGGCGGCGCGGUGCUGAGCACGGGAGCGAUCAUCGGCAUUGCCGUGGGCGGCGCCGUGGCUGUGGUGCUGCUGGCGGGCGUGACCGCGGCCGUCGUGGUGGGCGCCGUCGCAGUCUACAAAAAGAGGCAGGCCCACGAAGCCUUCAACUACGGAGACCACGCCGUCGAGAUGGAGGCCCAGGGUGGUGGCAUGGCGGCGGCGCCUGCGCCUGCGGAGGAGAGGAAGGCCAAGCGAUCGACGUGGUUCGAGCGGAGGAAGCUCUUCCAGUCCAUCACCGGGCGCAGCCCGCCCGUCCGCGUUGACAACUAA